AUGUAUCUAUUCAGAUUUGAAACAGAUAAAACAGGGGGGAAAUGGACUGGUUCACCUGGAGUCCGACUCUCAGUUACAGACCUACACGUGGAGACUCCAGAGAGAGUGAAGGAGGGUGAUACAGUCACUCUGAAAUGUAGAACCACCUGUUCUCUGAGUAACAGUCCAACCUUCAUCUGGUAUAAAAAUGGACAUGUUUUAACAAGGAAAAACAUGAAGAACAAUGAAUUCUCUCUCCAGUCAGUCAGCUCUGAUGAUAGAGGCAGUUAUAUGUGUGCUGUACAAAGUCAUGAGAAUCUUCCCUCUCCUGCUGUCACUCUCGCUGUCAUAUAUCCUCCAAGAUAUACCACAGUGUCAGUCAAUGCAUCUGGUGAAAUAGUGGCAGGCAGUUCAGUGACUCUGACCUGUAGCAGUGAUGCUAAUCCACCACAGAUAAACUACACCUGGUAUAAAGAGAGUCUAACUUCACCUGUAGGAUAUGGACAGACUUACAUCAUCAACAACAUUCAGUCCAAUAACAGCGGACUAUACUACUGUGAGGCCCAGAAUAAACAUGGCUCUCAGAGAACCACUGCUGUACCAAUCAAAGAGAAAGGUAUGGAAACUGCCACUGAUGUUGUCAUAUAA